AUGACCUCCAUUGCGACACUUAGGGCCACCAACUGCUCGCGACUACUCUGCCUCGCCGAGCGAGUCGUGGCGGCAUGUGGCACCAAGACCGCGUACAUCUUUCAGUACAAGGGAGACCGCGUCGAAGAGGCGUCUUGCACGGCGCCGCGUGAGGCGGAUGCCUUUGCGCCGUGGCUGCCGCCCGGCUCGCCCAUCGCCGCGGCCCGUGCCGUCUACAGCGUCAGCAAAGAUGGCGGUUCCGCUGUGCUCGUGCAGUCCACGGACGGCGCCGCGGCGGCCCCUCUCGAGAUCGUCUCCGCCAUUUCAGAGAAGGUGGAGGAGAUGCGCAUAUUUUACCAGUCGAUCUUGGUCCUGCAGACCGCCAGCAGCGUCUUGUUUUACUUCCUCGAUCCCACGACCUCUGCGGCGACGCGAAUGGGCGUCUGCCCGCUGCCGGCCUGGUCGGACAGCCGCGAUGUUCGCAUCGAUGUGACCUCGUCCGAGUGCUGGGCGGCGGCCGCGGAGAAGACGGUGUGUGUGAUGUGCCUCUCAGCGGUGCGGCUGUACGCUGCCGUGGUCGUAUGCGCGUCUUCGUCGUCGGCCGUGGUGGUGCGUCGUACGGCGGAUGCCGGAGUUCCGCUGCCCUCGUCGCCCGCCAAGGUGAAGGGUUGGACGGUGCGCUGGGGUCGCCAGGAGAUGCUGCUGCUGUUGCAGCCCAUAUCCGGGCCGGAGGCGAAGAAGACGGCUGCGACGAAGGCGCUGGUGUCCUUUUCGCUGCAGCUGUCGGGCGGCAGCGCGUCCCACCACCUGCUGGAGUGCUGGGCGUCCGCCGACGCGCUCGCCACCUCCGUCAGCGGCGCCGCGGGCGUGGCGCUGGACUCUGCGACGGACAUCUGCAGCGACGGCGACGGCACGCACGUGUGGCUGUGCGACACGGUCACCGGACCCACCGUCAUUUUGCGUGAGGUGGCCACCCCGAGUCGAGAGGAGGUAGUUCUUGCAGGCACGAACGCCAACUCGCGGCUGACGGUGGCGCGAGGCGUCUCAGGGAUGUUUGUGCUGGCAGGUCGCAGUUUGAACGUUGUGAGGGGCAACGGCAGCAGCGGCAGCACAAAUGCGGCGGCUCCAAAGAAGAGUAGUAGUACGAACAACAAGGUGGAGGUGAAUCCUUCAACGACCGGAACGACGAUGGCAGCAGCGGGAGCGGUACCAGAGGAGGUGGAGGAGCCGUCGGAGGCCACGAUGAGUGACUGGCUUGAGAAGCGGGCGGAAGCAAUCAAAGCGACGCAACAGAAAUCUAUGGAAGAGCAGCCACUUCCGCAGCAGCAGACUGUUGUCGAAGCCGCCACUGCCCCUCCCUCGCAGCUGCUGCAGCAGCAACGACCCGCAAAGCAGCCCAAACCUGCGAAGAUGACGACCACUUCUGUCCUCACCUCCAGCAGCAGCCACAUCAAGGAGGAGCUCCAACAGUACGUCUUAGGCACAUCGCCAAGCGUCUCCUUUGUGGUUCGUGACGCCGUGUACGUCCAUGAGGCGGCAGAGGGCGGUGCGACGCUUUCGGCUCCACAUCAUGAAAUUCUGACUGCUGUGGCAGAGAAGCUCGGCGUGACGGGCGACGCGUCGCACUACGCACUGGCCUCUCUGCGCUACGCCGCCGUUGCUCAGUCCCUUCACCCCUACACCGUCCUGGAGUUGUUGAAUGUGCGGAAGUUUCAUCCGCAGCCGGAGGAGGGUCUUCUGCUGGCCAUGGCCACGCUGCUGGCGGAGAAGCCCACCUUGCAGCACGGCGGGCUGCAGCGGCUGCCGAAUUUCGCCGCCGUCUCUGCCGCCUUCUUUCGCACGCCGGGCGGUGCCUUCACGACGGAGCUCGCGAAGAAGAGGUACACGGCGGACGUCUGUGCCGGUGCGAUGGCGGCCCUCGCCAACGGCGGUCUCGGGGCGACGAGUUUGCUGUUCGCCGUGGCAGACAGGGCGGUGUCGGUGCUCUACGGCGGCCGUGCCGACGCCGACGCCCCCAAUGCGUACUCGCCAGAGGAGCAGGCGUGCGAGGCCACCAUCGCAGAGUCCAUCAGCGGGAUGCGCUCUUUUGUGGAGUGGUCGCUGACGUCGUCGUACUCGCUUGGCGUGAUGUCGGCCCACGUGGGCAGCCCGCAGACCUUGACGAAGGAGGCGGCCUUGCGAGAUGGCAAGGCGCACCCGAUCGCCACGUCGCGUCAGGUGGAGAUUCGACCACUGCAAGUUACGCGCCUGCCCAAGCGAACCCUGUGA